UUUUCCGCUGGCAAGUAGUAGGUACUAGGUACGUGGACACUGAACCACCAUUCUCAUCUUCCUGUCGCCAUUUUUAGACUUCUGCUCCACUAUAUCAAACAAUUUCUACAGCUUAUGCAGUGCAUCUUUCAACCCCAACCUACUUCCUCAACCCAGCCAUGCCACCAACCACCACCAGCGCCACCGCCGAACCCCAUGUUGCGGUCUGCGCCUUCCCCUUUGGCACCCACGCAGCCCCACUCUUCUCCAUCAUCCACCGGCUUGCCGCUUCUUCUCCAGACACCCACUUCUCCUUCUUCAACACCGCAAAAUCCAACGCCUCCAUCCUCUCCGCUUCUAAACACAACACGCUACCAAAUCUUAAAGUCAAUGAGGUGUGGGACGGUGUCCCUGAGGAUUAUACGUUCUUGGGUAAGCCUCAGGAGGAAAUUGAGCUGUUCUUAAAAGCAGCUCCUGAGUGUUUCAGGAAGAGCAUCAAGGCGGCGGUUGCAGAGACGGAAAAGGAAGUCACCUGUUUAGUUACAGACGCAUUUUUUUGGUUUGCGGCGGAGAUCGCGGAGGCAAUAAGAGUGGAUUGGAUGGCUUUUUGGGCUGGUUCGCCUGCAUCAAUUUCUUCUCAUUUUUACACUGAUCUCAUCAGGGAAAAUUUUGGAGCUGGAGGAAAACUGGAGGAAGAUCAAACCCUCAAUUUGAUUCCAGGAAUGUCCAAAAUUCAAAUUCGUGAUUUACCAGAAGGAGUGCUGUUUGGGAACUUAGAAUCACUCUUCUCCCAAAUGCUUCACAAUAUGGGACGAAUGUUACCCAGAGCAGCUGCAGUCUUAAUGAACUCAUUUGAAGAACUGGAUCCCACCAUAGUAAGUGACUUGAACUCCAAAUUCAACAAUAUCCUCUGCAUUGGCCCAUUCAACUUGGUUUCACCACCACCACCGGUGCCAGACACAUACGGCUGCAUGGCGUGGCUUGACAAGCAAAAACCUGCAUCAGUGGCAUAUAUUAGCUUUGGCUCGGUGGCAACCCCACCACCACAUGAACUUGUGGCACUAGCUGAAGCACUGGAAGCUAGCAAGGUACCUUUCUUAUGGUCACUCAAAGAUCAUUCCAAAGUACACCUGCCAAAUGGGUUCUUAGAUAGGACGAAGUCGCAUGGAAUUGUGCUAUCGUGGGCUCCUCAAGUUGAAAUCUUAGAACAUGCUGCUCUCGGGGUUUUUGUAACGCACUGUGGUUGGAACUCGAUACUAGAAAGUAUUGUAGGAGGGGUGCCUAUGAUUUGCAGGCCUUUCUUUGGCGAUCAAAGGCUGAACGGAAGGAUGGUUGAGGAUGUCUGGGAAAUUGGCCUCUUAAUGGAUGGUGGAGUGCUCACGAAAAAUGGAGCAAUUGAUGGUCUGAACCAAAUUUUAUUGCAAGGAAAAGGGAAGAAAAUGAGGGAGAAUAUUAAAAGGCUAAAAGAACUAGCAAAAGGGGCAACAGAACCAAAGGGGAGCUCUUCCAAGAGCUUCACUGAGUUAGCAAAUUUAGUGAGAAGUAGAGGAAGCUAUGAGAAUUAGUUGUUAGAAUCGGGUUCGUGUUUCUUGUGUAUUUGCUAUUUUCAACCUCGGGGUUAAUAAAUUUUCAUUUGCGUGUUGAAAAUAAAAAGAGACACAUUCCACCAUUGAUGAAUGGUGAAGAGUCUGGGUCUUGUUUCUUGUAUUGCUGAAUUGCAAGUAGGGUUUUCUAAUUAUAAUGAUCAUUGAAUCACAUAUCGAUGUUA